AUGAAUAGUGAUGUACCUUGGAAGCCUAACAGUGCCAAUCAAAAGGUAGAAGACCUUACUCAACAGACAGGUGAACUUGAUGAUUUAACUCAACAGGCUUCUGGAAAGUUUGAGCUUGGACCAGAAACACAUCAAACCUAUCAGCCUUGGAAGCCUAACAGUGCCAAUCAAAAGGUAGAAGACCUUACUCAACAGACAGGUGAACUUGAUGAUCUAACCCAACAAACUUCUGGAAAACUUGAACUUGGUCAAGAAACCCAGCAAACCUAUCAGCCUUGGAAGCCUAACAGUGCCAAUCAAAAGGUAGAAGACCUUGCUCAACAGACAGAUGGAUUUGAUGAUCUAACCCAACAAACUUCUGGAAAACUUGAACUUGGUCAAGAAACCCAACAAACCUAUCAGCCUUGGAAGCCUAACAGUGCCAAUCAAAAGGUAGAAGACCUUACUCAACAGACAGGUGAACUUGAUGAUUUAACUCAACAGGCAUCUGGAAAGUUUGAGCUUGGACCAGAAACACAACAAACCUAUCAGCCCUGGAAGCCAAACAGUGCCAGUCAAAAAGUAGAAGACCUUACUCAACAGACAGAUGAACUGGAUGAUUUAACUCAACAGGCAUCUGGAAAACUUGAGUUUGGACCAGAAACACAACAAACCUAUCAGCCUUGGAAGCCUAACAGUCCCAAUCAAAAGGUAGAAGACCUUGUUCAACAGACAGAUAGAUCUGAUGAUCUAACCCAACAAACUUCUGGAAAACUUGAACUUGGUCAAGAAACCCAGCAAACCUAUCAGCCUUGGAAGCCUAACAGUGCCAAUCAAAAGGUACAAGAUAUUGCUCAACAGACGGAUGGAUUUGAUGAUCUAACCCAACAAACUUCUGGAAAACUUGAACUUGGUCAAGAAACCCAGCAAACCUAUCAGCCUUGGAAGCCUAACAGUCCCAAUCAAAAGGUAGAAGACCUUGCUCAACAGACAGAUGGAUUUGAUGAUCUAACCCAACAAACUUCUGGAAAACUUGAACUUGGUCAAGAAACCCAGCAAACCUAUCAGCCUUGGAAGCCUAACAGUGCCAAUCAAAAGGUAGAAGACCUUACUCAACAGACAGGUGAACUUGAUGAUCUAACCCAACAAACUUCUGGAAAACUUGAGUUUGGACCAGAAACACAACAAACCUAUCAGCCCUGGAAGCCAAACAGUGCCAGUCAAAAAGUAGAAGACCUUACUCAACAGACAGAUGAACUGGAUGAUUUAACUCAACAGGCUUCUGGAAAACUUGAGUUUGGACCAGAAACACAACAAACCUAUCAGCCUUGGAAGCCUAACAGUCCCAAUCAAAAGCUCGUGUUGCGACACAUCCAAUGUAUUCCAUAUAUCCAUAUAUUGCACACUUUAGAACACUCUGGUCACUGUUCAACGAUUUGA